UUUUUCGCUUGUUCGAGUUCCUCGUAUUUGAGAUUUGUCCCGUUUUGUUUAUUUUGAUUUUAAAUUCAAUUUGAUAAUGGAUGUUGAAGAGGAUACAUUCUUCGGUUUGUGCAAAUGUUGUCUUCAAGACGGCUGCUUCAGGAGCUUGUGGGCUGAACAUGAAGACAACGGGGUGGUGCAGAACUAUGGGGAAAUGCUAAACGAAUGCUUUUCGUUACAAUGGUCAAAACCUGAAAACUUUCAUUUGGAGCAGAUCUGCGAGGACUGCUCGAAGCGCACUGUGGAUGCUUAUAGCUUCCGACAGCUGGUCCUGUCGAGUCACAAGCAGCUUGUGUCCUGUACUGAGCAGCCUCCAGAAGUUACAGAAGUUCUUGACGCAGAAUCAGGAGAAAUGACCGUGAUUGUGAAAGACGAGGAGGAUUACGGUGAAACUGAAGAAUUUGGGGAAUAUGAGGACGUGGAGUAUUUGGAGAUGGAAGACGAGAAAGAAUUCAAAGUGGAUGUACGGGAUGUGGAGUGUCAGCAGAAACAACUGGUUGAUGACCCAGACUACCACCCGGAAGAGCCGAUUAAACAGGAAAUAAGAUGGCGGCCAAAGAAAAAAGGCGAGCACAAGCGAUGUUACAAGAACUACACCAGCGAUGAUUUGAGGCAGAGCUUUGAGGCAGCCAAAAGCGGUCGCAUGACGGUCGCAGAGGCCGCGGCCGCUUUCAAUGUGCCGCGCAAGACCGUCGCCGCCAGACUACUCAACGAUAGGAGAGGCAUUCCUAUAACCUCGAAACCUGAGAAAGACGAUGGCUUUAUGAAGGAAGUGAAGACCCUCUUAACGUAUACCAACAUGACCCCAUACAAGACCCGCACGGCGCACUACCACUGCGCUUACUGUGGCACGGACGGACCUCUGUUCGAGGAUACUGAAGAGUUACGGACCCACACAAGGACACAGCAUGCAGGCGAAAGAACCAAAGCCGUAGAAAUCUUCCUCCGGCCACUCUGGCUCAACGAGAUCCUCAAAGUUGACAUCGAGAACCUCCUCUGCACCAUCUGCUGCACCGCCCUGGUGACUUGGAACGACAUGUUCACACAUCUCACCGAGACACAUGGCCUAGUCUUCGAUGAGGCCUACACUAGAGUCGUACCUUACAUACUGACACCGGACCUCCACUGUGCUCUCUGUAAGGAAAAGUUCCCGAACUACCACCAUCUAGACUCGCAUAUGAACGCUCAUUACAACAACUACAUGUGCUCCGAGUGUGGUGAUACUUUCCUCGCUUCGUCCCGUUUGAAGAAACAUCUAAAAAUCCACGACACGGGUAGAUUUAUAUGUGAUGAGUGCGGCAAAGUGUUUUCUUUGGACAAAUACAGGAAAAAACAUGUAGAACUAGUACAUAAGCAGGAACAGAAAAUACAAUGUCUGUAUUGCCCGGAGAAAUUCCUAAACACUUAUCCCAGACAUCUACAUGUACUGGAACAUCAUAGAGAGAAAGUUAAAACGAUUACCUGCGAGUUGUGUGGGAAGAGUUUCGAUUGGCGGCCGUAUUAUCUAGCUCACGUCAGAAGGAAGCAUAAUAAUGAAAAGAAUUACACUUGCAGAUACUGCGAUAGGAGGUUUUUCAUGAAAAUUGAGUGUAAGCGACAUGAGAUGUCGACUCAUGUGAAAGUGAAAACCAAGUGUAGGGUGGUUGCCCAAUUGCCUCAGAAGCCGGGGAAGUAUGCUUGUAGUUUUUGCGGUAAGCAGUAUUUAAAUAAAAACUGUUUGAUUACGCAUUUCAACACGCAUAAGGUUGUGUUGGAUGUUGACGAACUAAACGCUAUCACUGAGAGCUGUGCGCUUCAAAAUGGGCUUAAUACUUCAAUCGACUCUUAAGAAUCAUACUAAAGCGAUUG